AACGCAUGCAUAGUGUGACGCAAUUUUAUUACAAUUGUCUUGAAGAGCCGUGUUACCGUUCUGAUCGCUCUUUGAAUAUUACGGAAUAGGUAUAUUAUUAGGUUUUAACGGGUAAUUGAACUAUAAAGCAUCCGGCACCAACUUUAAACAAAAGAGGACUUUUCAAUAUAAUUUUUGUUAAAACUAUUAAUAGUUUUUUAUACUAACCAGUAGGUUUUGCGUCGUGUCAGUGAUUGUGAUAACAAGCUUGCAAAUAUUUGUAUUUCUGUAUCUUGAUAAGUGGAAGUGUUUUGUGAAAUGUGCGUGAAAAAAUGUGUAACCCCACAUUGGAGGAAGAUCAUGUUGUGUAAUGAACACGAAAACUGUAGUUACAACUUGAAAGGAAGGGGUUUGAUGAAGUGCCUUCCUAAAUUAUCAACUACCGAGUACACGAACACCAUUUUUAAUGUAAGAGUUGCACACGGGUGUUCUUGAUAAUGGCAUACUGGUGAACUCUCCGACUUUGCAAAUGUAACGUCCAUAGAGAAGCGAGUGGAGGGAUGAUGAGGAAGAGGAGACGAAGGAGGAAAUCCCAACAUGGGUAGAAAGGAGAGUAGAAUGUGUAAAAAUCACAAGAAACCACAAAGAUGUCUGACUAUAUUGAAGAUUUAGAUAAAUUCCUAGCCGAAUACGGCAUGUUAGACUCGCCGUCGGGAUUCGACUCGUUCUCGGAACUUGGAGAAAUGUUGGCGAUGAAUGAACAAGCGGCACUGGGAAUUGAAAUGCCGCCACCGAUGCAGCAACACGCGGCACCAGAACUUGUAAUGCCGCCACCGAUGCAGCAACACGCGGCACCAGAACUUGUAAUGCCGCCGAGGCGGCAACACGCGGCACCAGAACUUGUAAUGCCGCCGCCGAUGCAGCAACACGCGGCACCAGAACUUGUAAUGCCGCCGCCGAUGCAGCAACACGCGGCACCAGAACUUGUAAUGCCGCCGCCGAUGCAGCAACACGCGGCACCAGAACUUGUAAUGCCGCCGCUGAGGCAGCAACAUGCGGCACCAGUACUUGUAAUGCCGCCGCCGAUGCAGCAACACGCGGCACCAGAACUUGUAAUGCCGCCGUCGAUGCAGCAACACGCGGCACCAGAACUUGUAAUGCCGCCGCCGAUGCAGCAACACGCGGCACCAGAACUUGUAAUGCCGCCGCUGAGGCAGCAACAUGCGGCACCAGUACUUGUAAUGCCGCCGUCGAUGCAGCAACACGCGGCACCAGAACUUGUAAUGCCGCCGCCGAUGCAGCAACACGCGGCACCAGAACUUGUAAUGCCGCCGCCGAGGCAGCAACAUGCGGCACCAGAACUUCAACCCGCGCCGCGAACACCCAUCUUGCUUGGAGUCCCUAGCAAGGAACCAUUGCAACUCUUGCCGUUUACGGUGACAGUUUUAGUUCCAAAGAGAUCCCCAAAACAUUAUACUUUUACGAGGAGGUUCAACCUUGCGCUCGUGAAACCGGAUCUACCUUUCGCGGUGCAAUUCAAGUAUGGAAGAUUACCAGGGAAUGAGCCGAUGUAUGUGCGGGCUAUGCCUGUAUUUGCUAACCCCAUUCAAGCUGGGAAAAGAGUGGAAACUUGCAAAAGCCAUUACGACAAACUGAGGCCAGCCAGGGGUGAAGUGUUGGCCAAGAGCGUUCUGCACUCGUACCAACCCGGGCCCGGGGUGUACCAGCAGGGGGAGCCGGCCAACCCGCAGUCCUGGUUCUCAAUCGUCGUGCCCGCCACCGGUACUCAGAUCCAACAUAUUUACGAGAUGAAAUGUACGAAGAAAUGCUUCAGAAAAAUGAUUCAUCGAGAUAUUGAAAUCAUUUUCACCCUCGAGGACAUGUGGGGGAACGCGUACGCACGGCAUGUUAUGGGCUUACAAUCAUGCUCGAGCCCCUUUCGGGACCUUAAAAAUAUGCUGAAGAAUCACCAAACACACGGCAAUCGUGCCCAGACUCCGAGCACUCGGAGUUCCAGACGCAAACGUCCCAGACUGCUAUCUGUCGAAUCUGAAUCCAUUGACUCAAGUACCUCAGAGGUGGAAUCCAUUGAUGUGAGCCGCGUUGCGUCGGCGGCGAACAAUAUUGAAACCAAUGAGCAACACUUCGAGCCUCCGUUACCAGACGCCGUCAUGAACUCCUCGGUAAUGGCCCUGGCCAGUAUCCAAUACCUGACAGACGACUUAGUUAGAGAUUACGGCUGCAGCGAUCCUCGAGUCGUGCAAAUUUGUCAGACAUACUUGAAUGCCGGGAUUCAACUUUUGAGCGGAAUCUUACCUCCUCAGAUGUUCUAGUCGAGCACAUACACUCACAAUACGGAACAGUCAUAGUACUUUGUAUUUUUCAAUACAUUUUGUAGACCGUGUUGCAAACUAAUAAAGAUUAUUUUUACUACAUAUCUUCUAAAAACGUAAAACCUUACCUUAGUAUUGUGAGAAAAAAAUGCAUACACACUGUAAGAUGUAUUGAAAAAACGUUGUUGUUUUUAAAAAGGUAUCCAAAAGAAGGUUUAGGUUAUACGAAUUGUAUUAUGAAGCUUUAAAUAUUUUAAGUAAAUACUAUUUAAAAUAACAGUGUCAGGUAUUAAAAAUACGAAUUACUUACAAAUAUUUUUUUUAGGACGAAAUUAAAAUACCAAAUAUGUAUUUUGUUACCAAAUAUUUAUUUUAAUUACAAGUAAUUCAAAUGCUACCCUACUGGGAGUAUAUUUCCCAGCGUUGACAUUGAGUCGUUACACCGGUGAAAUCAAAAUGAGCGGUCCUCUCACUUCCCAGUCGUGCAAUAACGCCUUUGUUUUCCCAUGAAUAAGAAAAGUAGAGGCUAUUUAUAAUUCGAAUUUAUAAUAUAUAAAAAGUUAAUUUAACUUUUGGAUACCAUUUAAAAACAAUCGUAAUAUAUUUUUUGAAUGUUGUGCACCAUCAAUAUAUACGGUCAUUUUGACAUUGCGUUACUAAAUGAUACCACACACUUAUCUACUUGGAAAUAACACUACACAAUAAGUUACUUGAGCCGUAAAUGUAAAAUAAAAAAAUGUAAGUUUCAAACAAAAUAGACAUUAAUAGAAAGUAAUUUUAAUUAUACGAGUAAGCUCUGGAAUGAAGUCCGUGUGUCGGUGUUCCCUGAGCACUAUGACCUGUCCUUCAAUCGUGGCGGGGCCGUUCAAGUAUAACGUAACGCAAUUUUUUAAGAUUUUUGAAUUAUUCAUCAUAAAUUCCGGAUACUAAAAACCAGGAUUUUUGGUGAAAAUAUUCGUUACUAAUGGAUAAUUUUUGGUACGAUGUCAGCAAAGGGGAAAACGAGUAUGUGGCUUCAUUUAGUAACGCAAUGUCAAAAUGACCCUGUAUAUUUGGUUAUUUAUAAGUUUUGAAUAUUUUUUGUACUACUAGUGCCUAAUGCCCUGUACUCACGACGUUUUAAGUCGAUCUGACGACGCGUUUCAAACAAUAAAACGCAGUAAAUGGUAUUCAGUUGGGGGCUGCACGUUUUAAUAUUUCAUAAUAUGGAAAUGCACGCGCAAACGUUGUCGGCGACUAAAAACUUCCUGUGCGGACUUAAUAAAAAUAAUAGUAGAUGUUAUAUAUUACUCACGUAAAUUAGUUGCGGAAAAUGUACAAACAUAAACACCUCGUCAGCUGAUUACAGAACAAAUGUUUGUUUUUUUUUCCCUUAGUACAGUUCAGUAAGUAUUCGUAAAUAUGCGUAAAUAAAAUUUGCAAAUGUAAUAUCGAAUUGGAUUAGACGGACGAAAAAACGGCCUUAUCGCAAUAUUUUAUCUUUUUUUAUAAAACAUUAUGUUACCAAUUAAGGGGUUAGUAAUCUAUAAAUUUAAUUUAAAUACGAAACACAGAUCUGCGAGGGAAUUAAAAAUUUGUUAACAAAUGUUUUUGUAACUAGCCUGUUCUUGCCCUUGCUAUUUCAAUACAGUGGGACAGGUGUGCUGCGGUGCUUUGGUGGCGCUGCCGGUGCAGAGUGGCGAUAGUGUCGAGUGUCGACGACCAAGCGGUCGUAGAACAUUAUCCAGCACGACGCGAGUUUGCGCUAGGUUGAAACCGGUGAAUCAUUUUUUCAAAACUAAAGCGGUGUCUAUAUGUUUCCGUCCAAUCAACUCUUAAGGCAUUAAUGCCGGCAGGCAGUGAUAAGAUUUCCGAAAACCCCUCAUUCUGAGUUCUAUGGUUUCUAUACAUUCCCCUACAGGGACAUUUUAUAAAUAAAAAUGCAUUUUCUAAUAUAUUAUUUGUUGGGCUUUUAAUAUAAGUUAGGGUUAAGUUGGAAGGUCCCUUCGCUUAAAGAGAAGCCGCAAUGCGGCUUAAGUACGGUUUCGCGUUGCCAUUUUAGUGAAACAAGAUACCCCGGACCAUUCCGUAUGCGCCAAAGAUACUACCGCGGGUAUUGGUUUGUAUGCCGGUGUAGGGUGUACAUAAGGUUAGGGACUCGGUCCAAUGAUCGCUCGGAUCAUGCUGUACUCCUUAACAUCAACAUUGGGCCGUAAGACCGGCGAAACCAACAUAACCGUACCGAUCGUUCCCCAAGUGAAUGUAUCGACAGCGCGUUUAACCCCGCGAAAAAAGAAAAAAGGGUGAAGGUACAAGACUGCACCACGCCGCAGCACCAGUGGUGUUUUUACUUAUAAAAACCAUACUAAAAUAAAAGUAGCGAAUCAUUAUUCUUAUUCAUUUUGAAUAAUAGUCGUGGUGUGUGCAUUUGCAGUCCAUCUCGUCAUAGAAACUGUACCGACCGCAGGCAACAAUACGGCUGCGCUCUCGACCGGAGCAGGCUCGCCUCCGACUCGUACGUUUUAGCAGUAAUUACGAAUCAAUGAUCAUUCAUCCGAACUUAUCCCAACAUGAAAGUAGUUACAAAUCGUUGUUAGCCACGAAGUGUUACACUACACGACACUUAUCAAGACCAUCCCAAUCGGCAACUGUAAGGUGAUUAUCUCUCCAUCAGAUCCAUUCGUGAUAUUAGUAUGAUUAAUAUCAGAUUGAAUAUGCAAUGUGGGUUGAUGGCCCGACAUACUGUAUAGUAAUUAGAAAAUUUGUGAUAUGAACUGUAUCUAAUGUUACGGAUUGAACUGACACCAAAUAAUCACCGCUGUAACAAGUUGCUCGCUUUGUAAACGUGGGAAUAGUGUAGUUUUUUUUGUUAUGUUCCUACUAAUGGUAGCACCUGAACAUAAUAAAUAACGGUACAAAAUUGAUGUUAAUGUUUGAUUCGCUACCAAUGUCCUGCAAGCACAACGUAUACACGUGAUACAUCAACGGUGAUGCAUCGUCUAUAAGGUACAAAUGACACAAUAAAUUAUCAUGACAUUUAUAUGUGAUAAGUAAAUACCUAAUUAUUAUAAAGUUUGAUAUUCAUAAUAAUAUAUUAUAUACGUUAAAAAAAUAAUAUUUGAAUAUAUUGUUAAAUGGAAUAUUAAAGGCAUAACUCAAAAGUAUGAAUAAUGGUUUAGGGAUUUACGUUUCAUUAUAGAAUCUCUGUCUCGCACAGAAUUAAAAGUUUUGUAAUAUUACCAAACGACUUUAAACGUUUGGUAUUUUUCCAGUAGAGACGCACAUAACUAAGUGAAAUAAAUUUUUGAUUCUUUUAUGGUGCCAUUAAUUGCUCCUACAAUGUAAAUUUUCAUAUCCGUAAUAUCCGAGACAUCUGUAUCUAACUGCGCAAUGGAUAGACAAGCGCGGGCGUCAAAUGCAAACGAUUUAAUUCGGAUACGAUUAUGGAUAUUGCAUACAAAACUUGUCUGCGAAUAAUUGUCUAUAAGAAUAAAGCAUACACGUUGCUUUUAACAAUAUUACGACACGCUCAAAUUUAGUCGAGAAUUGUGUAUUUUUAAUUCAAAUUUGCGCUGAAACCGCUCAAGCAUACACGAAUAAUAAACAGGAAUUUUGAGAUUAUUUAAUAAAAGUCUUGUGCAUAGGUCCGUGUACUACAGCGUGUGUAUAGGUUAUUUCAUCCAUGAAGACGCGUCUGAGCUAGCACCAUGUCUGAGCUAGCUGUUGCGGGGUGGUACGAGGUGUCGCGUGAUAAUGACACUUAUCCACGUCUCAAUUUAGACGCUAAACAUUAUAAAGUGCGCGUGCACUCGCUUAGGCACAUUAAGGGUCAGUAGUGGGGCGCGUCCUCGUGGAUGAAAUAACAUUAUGAUGUGAUUUAUUUUAUGUUGAACUUAAUCCCAUAGCGUUAUUUUGUACAUAUCAUCGUGUGACGAUAUGACAUAGUUAUCAAAAAGGACUGAAUUUACAAAAUCAAAGACCUGGCCGCAAACACAGUUACCAAUGUGAUUAACUUAUUGUAUGAAGAAAGGUAUGAUAGACCACCUAGUUAUCAAUAUUCACUGGUGGUUGGUCUGUCAUAUGUGAGAGUCCGCCUAGGUAGGUUGGUUGGAUGAUGUUUCUGCUGUUUAUGUGCGGUCGUAUCGGUUACAAUCCGGCGAACGGCAAGCUUGUGUCGACAUUCAAAGCAAUAAAAAAAUAAAAUAAUUAAUAAUAAUAUUUGUAUUUUCGCUCCUUUUUGAUUAUCUACGUUGACCUAGUUGAAACUUACAAAUAGUGUAGGCAUAAAUAUUUAAUUGUUAGAAUCGUACAUACUCAUAGGUCGUGCCUCUUGUUUAUUGUUUUAAAUUUUAUAACUGUUUUGAAAGUAUUAGUAACAAGUCUGAGCAAAUGGUGUAGCGAAAUUAUAUAAAAGAUUAAAGUAAAAAAAUAGAUCAUUUUUGCAAAAUUUUUUGUCGAUACCUACAUUUCUGAUGUUUUGCACCUGAUGUCCAAAUUAUAAUAAAUUAUAGCAACUGUUAGCAUAUGUAAAUAAAUGAAUAGUUCCACGGCCGACGGAUUUAUUUAUUUAAUAUUGUCAAUGUGGAAUAUCACAUUUUUUAUUUGAUUUAUUACGUUACUAUGUGGACGUGUGGAUACAUCUUAGUCUGACACCAACAUUUUUAAUGUUAUUUUGUAUUCACCGGUGAUACAUUUAUUUAAUAUAGGUACAUAAAGCAAGUGCCUUUUGCUUUUCAUAGUUGAUAUUGGUACACUUGUAAAAAAAAUACAGACAAUCAACAAAUUGUAAUUGGAAUGUUAUUGCGAAUUCUUCAGACGUUGCAGUGGUUUUUCAAACAAUUUCAAAGAUUUUGUACUUAAAUUGUAGUCAAUUGUUUUAAUAAGCAUAAUAUUUGUUAUACGU